UACCUCCAUAGCUCCUCUCCGCUCCACCUCCUUUAACUCGCUCUCUCUCUGCUACUGCUCCGUACAGAAAUGCAGCCAAGCUUGAUCUGACUUGUCCUGCCUACAACCUACAACUUACUCAACCAACUCAUUUUGCGCCGUUUUCUCCGCGUAUUCCGGUACUUUCUGUUCUGCAAACGCGUUGACAUGGCCAUUUUUGUAUCGCCACAGUGUCUGGGAAUGAUUAUACUCGGGGCCGUGCUUAUUCAAACCAUCGCCGUUUCUGUCAGUUUCAUGUACUUCAACCAAGUCCUUAGCACGAUGAAGGAAAGUUUUUCUAGGAGCAGCGUGUCUUGUUUGAUGAACUCAAAUCCACCCUCUGGGCUUCAGGACAGCACCGCCGAGGGGAAGAAGAGCGACCCCUGCUGGCAAGUCACACAACAGCUCCAAUCCCACAUAGAGAAGGCAAUGGAGGACAAAUUUCAAAAUGAGAUCUCCAAAACUAUGAAAAAUGAGUUGACGGCCGUGUUGCCGUUGUUGGGUCCUGCGAUUCGAGGAGUUCCUCUCCCCAAGGUGGCCGCUCACGUGACUGGAGUCGCAUCGUCCAAUGAGAACUCUGCAACAGAAGGUGAGGGCCAUGGGUUAGAAUGUGUGCACAGUAUUUACAACUUUCUCAUAAUCACAGAAUAAUAUUAGAAAGAUUUAUCAAUUUAUAUAAACAAUUUAGGUUUAAAACUCAAUUGAGGACUUUUAUUGUUGUUUUGAUUCCACCUUGGUUUCAGUCACAGUAGUGCAUAUGUAAACAUGAUUGUAUUGUUGGUUGAAUAUUACUACUUGUGUUUUAUCAGCAUUGCUUUUCUG